AUGUCUGUAGAAAAGCACCAAGAUCCCAAUGUCGAGUCUGUUUCGGUCUCUUCUCAAAAUUUCGAGCCAGCUGAAGAGCGACGGCUCGUUCGCAAGCUUGACGGCCGCAUUCUACCCAUAACGUGUCUCCUCUACCUUUUCGCUUACCUUGAUCGCUCCAACCUGGGCAAUGCGCGUUUGCAAGGGCUCCCGAAGGAUACACUCGGCGGUGAUCCCACAGGUCACCUCUUCGACUGGGUCAACUCUGUGUUCUUUUUCGCAUAUAUUCUCUGCCAAGUCCCUGCUACAAUAUCUUCCAAGCUGUUCCCGCCGCGUUACUGGCUUGCGGGUGUGGCAAUAGGAUGGGGCCUCUCUUCCACCCUCAUGUCUACAACGACUAAUUUCGGCGGCCUCAUGACGACACGCGUAUUUCUGGGUGUCUUCGAGUCUGGGUUUGGCCCCGUCAUCCCGCUCUACUUCUCACUCUUUUAUACCAAAGAAGAGAUGGGAUUGAGGAUGGCAUAUUGGUUUGGCUUUGCUGCCGUCGCGGGUGCAUUUGGUGGCCUGAUCGCGUUUGGCAUCCAGCACGCUCAUGCAACAAUCAGUAACUGGCGCCUGCUAUUCAUAAUCGAGGGCUGUCCUGCGAUCGUAAUGGGCAUCGUGACGAUCUUCUUCCUCCCCAACAGACCGGAAUCUACGACAUUUUUUACUGAUCGUGAGCGCAUUAUCGCACUGGACAGGAUGAAUCGAGGGACAAGCGGGGAUGUCGGGGCCAGGGUGACCAAAGGUCCGUUUAUUCUCCAGCUUCUUCGCAAGGCAGCAAUAUUCAUCGGGAAACUAGCGCAUAUUGUGCAGGCCUUCCGAGACUGGCGGUGUUAUGCCGGUGGCGUGAUCUACUUCGGCCUCAACUGCGCGCUUGCGUCCAUUUCCGCCUUCUUACCAACGAUCUUGACAACUCUUGGUUUCACCAAAGCCGCUGCUCAACUACUCACUGUUCCUCCUUAUGCCCUUGCCGCCGUCAUGCUCGUCUUAUUUUGCUACGCGUCGGACCGCAUGCAAAGCCGUGGCAUCCUCAUGUCCGUUGCCUGCACAAUUGGUGGAAUAGGAUAUAUCAUCCUGCUCACCGUCCACGCAAACAUCCAUGCCCGCUACUUCGCCGUAUUCUGCAUCGUCGGUGGCACCUACACGACCAUCGGUCUGAUCAUUGCCUGGUAUGCGCACAAUAUGGGCUCGGAGACGAAGCGCGCUACCGGAAUACCCAUAUUCAUGGCCAUAGGGCAAUGCGGGAGCGUUCUGGGCUCGCAUAUAUUCCCGCUAACGGAAGGGCCUCGGUAUACUAAAGGAUUCGCUGUCUCGUGUGCCCUCGAGUUCCUCGCCGCCAUAGUCUCGCUCGUCCUCUCGUAUUCUUAUCGGCGGGACAACGCGCGCCGCGACAAGCUCUACGGCAAACCCGACCGCUCCGCACGCGUCGAUACCUCCGAGCUCGCCGACAAGGCACCGGCUUUCCGGUAUAUUACUUGA